AUGGGAGCAAGCGCUUCGGUGUCGCUCUGCAGUGACCCAUCUUCAGUGAGAAUCCUGAAGCCCAGCGCUAAGGUCAGCCCACAGCACAUUACUCCUACCCUGGUUUUAGAGCCUAAAGUGGCUGCCAGGUGUGUGUUUGGUGUUGCCUUUCAAACACUGAGAGAUGACGGGCAAAUGGUCUGUGGAAUACCCCUUGUUUUAAGAGACAUCGUGGAGUACUUGGAUAAGAAUGGAUUGCACCAUAGGGGUCUGUUUCGUCUGUGUGGCUCUGUGGUACGGACCAGGCAGCUGAGACAGCGGUGGGAUAGUGGAGAGAGAGUGGACCUGGAGCAUGAGGGAGAUGUCCCCACGGUGGCCUCACUCCUCAAACUCUUCUUCAGGGAGCUGCCCACCCCCAUAGUUCCUGAACCCUACCGCAAGGAGCUGGUCCUCAGCCUCACAGGAUAUUCAGAUGAGGCAGAGAAGAACCAGUCUCUGAGGGAAAAUCUUUGCCACCUCCCUGAUGACAACCUUGUUAUUUUUUCUCACCUCAUCCACUUCCUGUCCAGAGUGGCUGCUCACAGCCAUUCAAAUCACAUGCCUGUGGAAAAUCUAGCAACCAUCUUUGGGCCUUGUAUCUUCCAUGUUCCAGCUGGACCCAGGAUGCUGGAGGACCAGAAUGUGUGCAACGCCUUGUUGUUCCAUCUUCUCAGGCAUCAUGAGGUUCUUUUUCCGAACCCUGCCAAGGACAGAGUGGCCUCCUCCUCACCCCCCCCGCCUACACUCUCUGCUCUUUCACACUUUGAGGUCCGACCCAGCAGCUGUCACUCCAAGCAGAGUAGUGUGGAGAGGUUAGCGGGAGACACCACCUUUAAUUCAGUGACCAGAGCUUUUAACCAGACAACAUGGACACAAUCUCAACUCAACAGUCCUGACACUCGGGAGCCGGGUUGUGAAACCAGUUCUGACGUCAGUGCUGGCAUUCAGAGUCUGAUCCCAGAUCAGGAGGCCACAGAGGAGACCAGUGAGAGCACAGAGGCAGGCCGUGUGCUCUCCUGCCCCACUGACCCAGGGCCAGAGCAACAUCAGUAUCAGAGCAGACCAUCUCAAAGCAUUCAGGGGGAGCUGCAGGAGUUGGAGUGUACCAUGCAAGGGACUUUCUCAAAAAACAACCUUUCACCAUUUACUUCCAUAUCAAAGGAGAAAGAAGAGGCUAAAGUAGACAACAUCGAAGAUAGAAGGACACCUUCCUCACCUAUCAAAGAUGACUGUUCAAUGGCUUCCACUGAUGCGGGGUACACAUCAUCAAUUUCAGACAGCUGCAUAACAAAUGAAUCACACAGCAAAACCCAAACACAGAUUCAGCACCAAGUGAGCCUGCUGUGCUGCAUGGAGUGCAAGACAGAAGACAAAACUCGUGUGUCUGAGUGGAAGAGCCCCUCCCUCAAACUACAAGCUCUGGAGGCUGACUUGACUUCCCCGCCAGCAUCGCUGGAUCCCCAAGCUCAGGAUAACCUACCUGCCCAGCAACAGCCUCUUUUUACUGAAGAGCCAAGAAUGCAUUUGAACCACGAGCUGCACCUUCACUUGCCACCAUUAUCACCAGCUCAGGAUCAGGACACGGUCGACUCAUCACAGCCUGUAAACACCCCGUCCCCACAUUCAUCAGAGUCCAGUCUUUUAUUUUCCACUGCCACUCUGUCUGAGGGAAUUUCAACAGAUGACAACCUACCGAGCCCACCAGGCUAUAACACCGGCCCUCUUCUCUCUCAUUUUACGACAAGCGACUGCCCUGUUCCUUCACCACGCUGCCCCAACCUCAGCUACAGCCUGCGCUACAACCUGGACACGGAUACAGCUCCUUCUCCACCGUGCUCACAGCACAUCCGCAUGGCUCGCUGCAGCGUUCAUACAGAGCCAGACGAUGGUUCUAUGUCCAUCUCAAUGCUCAACAGACACAUCCACACCCUGAGGAAGAGGAUCAGGCGUUUUGAGGAGCAUUUUGAACAGGAGAAGCACUACAAGCCGGCCCAUAAUGAUAAGAUAGCGCAUCCAGAGAUGGCCAGACUGAUGAAGGAGCUCAUCAAGAGCCGCAAGCAGCUUAAAGAGCUGAAGCUGAAACAAUCAGAAGAAGGUGGGUUAAAAGGGCAAGGAGGUCUAAACCCAGCAGUUGAAACGUGCAGGAGUAACAUAGACCAGAGGGGGGUCGUACCGGCAGGGACUGAGCUGCUGCAACUUAACAACAACACCAACACAUCAAAGCCGAACGUGGAGGAAACUGUCAAUUUCAUAACCAACAGACUGAAGGAAAGACGACGGGAGCUUGGCAUCCCUGACAGCAUUAAGGAGAUGUCCCAUUUCCACAUGACUAUGGAGAAGACUAGUCUGCAGAAAUGUUUGCUCUACUUUGAGAGUCUGCAUGGCCGGCCGAGUACUAGGCAGGAGCGGACUCUGAUAAAAUCCUCCUAUGAUAGAUACCGUCUCAUCAAGCAGCUGCUUUCCUCCACUGCCACAACCGUCAUUACAACCAUUGAGGAGGAGGGCAAUGACGAAGAGCAUCCCAGACAGCGCAGCCCCAGGCAGCAGAAACUCUGGCUGAAACCUCCAAGGUGUAUGUCGCCAGAUGAUUUGCUGCACCUGCCUCCCCUAGAAACGUCUGAAACGCCUCUCGUUUCCCCGCUGGAGGAGGCCAAGGGUCUCCAGCCACAGAUCACCACCAUGGAAACACUACAUGAAGCUUCCAGAUCAGAAUUACUGGAUCACCUCAGGACGGCUCGAUUAGAGAAGCGAAGGCUUCAUCGAGCACUCCGGGAAUUUGAGGACCAUUUAUACCUGCAGACGGGCAGGACCUGUCAAAAGGAGGACCGUGGACCAAUGGCAGAGGAGUACUGCCAGUAUAAGAACCUCAAAGCAAAGCUCCGUCUACUAGAGGCCCUGCUCAGUAAACAACAGGACUCAACCAAGACCAGUUGAGUUUCUCACAGUGGGGUUUUAUUCUAACCUUACAGGACUCUCUUUAAACAAAAAUCAGGUUGAGAAGCUGGUGGGUCUGGUCUUAUUUCAUGCCAUGCUCAUUAUGUUGAUGCACUUUAGAUGAGGAAAACUGUGGUCGAAAUUGGUGACAAUCUGAAUGAACAGCUGGGCAACUGCAGAAUUUUUUUAGUCCCAAAAACACAUCCCCUUUUCAUUCAUGACGCAUCAUAAUGCAAACCUGAUGUAGUAAGUGUAUGUUAUGUAGCACUAAUUCAUGUCAAGGACGAAGAGCUGUAACAACUGGAUGUUAGUUACUUAUUAGUAAUCUUAAUAUUACUGUAUGUAUAUUAUGGCACUUUGUUACUCACUUUUUUUCCUUGCCAAAAUACUAUUUUUGGACUGCUGUGUCCAUAGUUAAUGUGGAAUCUGCAUUUUUUUAAAAAGUGCUAUCUUGGCAAAAAAAGGUAUAAGCUUAAAUGCAAUCAAUGAGACAAUCCUGUCGUGUUUGUGCAUGUCAGUUUUUUAGUCCUACAUUGUGCUAUGAUAUGCAUUAGGAAUUUCAUAGUUGAACUAAAUUGUGUUCAAUUUACAUGUUCAUCUUGGAAAAUACGGUAUGUUAACGUUGGCAUAAUAGUGCAAGUUAUAUCAGCUGUGUAAUUUAUCCCCCCACCUUUGCUUGUAUGAAGUUAAUUCCCCCUAAAUGCAAUUGUUGACAAUGAUCAGAACUUUUGACAUUGUGCACUUCUGGUUUAUAUAGUUUUCUCUCUAUAUAUACGAAUGUAUCAAUAAAAAUAAAUAUUUUUUCACAUUUAUUCUGCUAAACACAGUUUAU